UCUUGUCAAUGAGCCCACGUGUGUGCGUUGACUGUGAUGCGAUCGAAGGUUCUCACCGUACGUGUUUUCGAGAAUACACGACUUGCGAGGACCUGCUGAUACGUGCUUGCACUUCCACGUAUCUGUGGUGUGUCAGGAAUUUUCUGUCAUUGUCAAAACUGCAUGGGUUGUAUGUCGAGAUUUCGAUUUUUUGAAGCAUGUUCUGCAGUGACUGUGAUUUACGCCACAGGAUGUCAACUGUUUCGCCGACAGCUCCUGCCUCAACCAAAUCAGAAUGCCGGCUAGCAGGGAGACAUCUGUUUACAAGAGUGUCAGACUCUGCAACUUCCGUAUCCAUCUCGAGUUCACAAGCUAUCUUGUCACGCCUUCGAAGGCAUCCUUGUUCUUACAAAGGACGCACUGAUUUUGGAGUGCUUUUCAGGGAACCUGGAAAACAAAUGGGUAGUGUGAGUUUGCGUUCCCGUGAAGCUCUGCCGUUACACCGCUUGUCACUCCUACAAAACAUCCGUGUCAUUGAUGCAGAAUGCAUGAGUUUCUCGUCUUACGAUAGAGGUUUGCAUACUCCAGCGUCUCUGGAAGGUCCGCUUGUUUCAGACACCACAAACAGGCACAGAUCUCAGAGAGGCACUGGGGUACCUGGAGCCAGAAUCAGCAACGUAGGAAAUAAUUCGUCUCGGGUGAAACUGCAUCACUCGCCACCAACCAAAGAAAAACGAAAACAAACAGACGUCUCUUUCCCAAAAUCCCUCACCGCCGCCUGGACGGUUCUCUCACGCAUUCACUUUGAGGAACCCUUCCCGCCAGUUCAGCAACAUCUUCUGUUCGCGAGAGAGAAGGGAACUCGUUGGCGAGCCUAUGCUUCUCUUUUUCCACAUCCUAUUUCCACAAGAGGGGAACGUGUGCGGGCUCUUUUUCUGCAGUUUUUGCUGAACGGAUGGUUCCUCUAUGUCCCUCCAGUGCUCUACAUUAUCUACCGACGAUACUGUAUUACCAAACGGCAGCGUUUGGUAUUUCUUGCAAUUUUACUUUUCCUGGUUUUGUGUCCGAUUCCCCGUUAUCUACCCAUUAGAAGGUGGAAAAUGUGGCGUUUAUUGCAUCGCUACCAUCGAGCCACAGUAAUUGUCGAGGACGCCAAGAGUCUUCCACCGAGCAAACCGACCAUAUUUACUGCCGUCCCUCAUGCCAUCGUCCCCGUCGCACAGGCGCUUCUGCCCACAGGAGAAUUUGGAUCACUUCUUGGCAACAUCACUAUGGCUGUCGCGUCGAUCGUCAAAUACGUACCAGUCUACGGUCAUAUCAUCCGUCUCAUUGGUUCUCAAGACGUUUCUUGGGCGGAACUGACAACCACUCUUACUCGCGACGGCCAAAGUGUUGUUAUUUCGCCGGGUGGCAUAGCUGAGAUGUAUACAGUUGAUGAGAAGACUGAAAAUCUGCUUCUGAAAGACCGCCAAGGCCUUUUGAGACUUGCCUUACAGACAGGAUCAGACGUCGUGCCAGUGUAUUGCUUUGGAAACUCGGAGACGUUUAAACUCGUAAAAGCAAGCACAAAGCUGCAGCCCCUUGCAAGGUUCUUCCGAGUGGCCCUACUGCUCUUUUUUGGUCGUUUCGGUUUACCCGUUCCUUUCGAAGUGCCCCUCCUGUAUGUUAUCGGCCGCGGCCUGCGUCUGCCAAAGGUGGAAGACCCUACACAAGAGGACGUCCAAAUCGCGCACAGAAGGUACAUGUCAGAGAUACGGAGAAUUUUUAGUACUUACAAGGGCCUCUAUGGCUGGAAAGAAAAGGAGCUCAUUGUCCACUAGAAGGCUGAAAUCGUUCUUCAUGCUGACAGUUCUGUGUCUCUGUGUGGUAACCGACUUUUGGUAGACUCAUGGUCCUCCGAUUUGCACGCUCAUUUCCGUUGUCGGCGUCAGCCGUCACCUCGACCAUCACGACACCUCGAAGCUCGAUGUGCCCCGUCGAUUGCAGACGGCUCCAGGGGGCCUUUGACCUAGACACAUGUUCAGUGUCGUCCGAGAGUGACGUUAAAUGGACAACCUCUGGUGUGUCUGCUAAUCUGUGAAACAUGAAACAUCUGGACGGCCCUACUGUAAACUUUAUGUGUCCACAUGUAUCCCUAGCGAGUGGUGCAUUCAUCGCCUCAUGUGGUUGGCAAUAUUUUUUCUCUGGGUCCGUUUCUAGAAGAGACUUGUCCAGUAUAUAAUUAUGUAACACUUGCUCGCGCAAGUUCCUGCGUCUUAUGUUUCCCCAUCUCGCUGAAUCUCUCAACAUACCAUUUCUGCGUCCCAACUGUGUCUCCUUCGGCUGUGUUUGUGUAACCAGCUAGCAGCAGUAACGGUUUUUCACUGUCCAGUUGCGUGCGUAUACCACAGGUCCGUGCUUGCAACUGCUUUCAAGCUUCAUUAUCUGUCUCAUAUUUGGCUGGGAUUCGCCAUUUUGUCUUCUAGAUUGUUGACUUGUUGCCGUUUCGUCCUUACGGUUGCUCUCCGCAAUAUCCCUUGUGGCUGAAAUCAGGAAGCGCCACAUCGAGAUGGUACUUAUUGGUGCCACUCGUUCCAAGUCAGCGAGACAGUGGUAACAGUCAGUAUCACCACUUUUCCAGUCUCCCCUACACAGUGGUGCAAUCGUUGAAUCCUAGGCAUCUCACCGACCCACUGCCGAUGAGCUACAUUCGUGGUGUCGGUUUGAUUUCUUUUGAAAAGCGAAAAGUACUUUGCGUCGCGAGAUAAGAUACGAUGCGCACAGACCAAUCCGGCUAAAAUGUCUUUCAACUAGUAGCGGGGGGUGCAUGGGCAUCUCCUGGAGUUGCGGAUACGUAUGAAAAAAAAGAAGGCAGGCUCCAUAUGCCUUCUGUCGGAACCACCAAAAUCUGGCGUUCGCGAGUUUCAGUGCAUCUGUCGCCUAAACACUAGCAUCCGCUUCCCUCGUGAAUCCGUUGCCGCAUCGCUACCUCUGAAGAAAGCUGUUCCUACGUGCGCGAAUGUGGGAGGGUCAUGAGGUUCACGAAAGACAGGCUCUAUUCAAAUGUACACACCAUCAUGUAACAUUUUC